AUCAAGAUGGUGGCAAUUCAUGAAUCGGUUCUUGAUGGGAUUAGAGAAAAAAUCAGUCUUUUUUCUACUGAGACCGUCCUACGAAAGUUUCAAAUCGACACACAAUCUGACACACUUUAUGUAAACCUCAGCUAUUUGGCCGAACUGUCAGAGUAUUUUCAUAUUUUGCGCACAGGUUCAUACACCGAAAAAACAUCCGAAAAAGUAACUCUUGAUGAUGUAUACACAGAUGAACUUGUGGUGUUCCUAUCAUACGUGUGCCCGGAAGGAUUUGAAUUUGACCGCACUAUCAAUCAACAAAACAUCACGCCUCUUGUUUACUUCUCGGAUCGUCUCAUCUUCCCAUGGGUUAAGCAAGAAAUCAAGAAAUAUUUCAAAAGCGAUGACUUCAAAAAUGAGUUGUACGAUGCGGAGUCGUUGAUUCAGCUUUGCUACCUUCUUCACACGCAGUGCUACGCUAGCGGUGAUAUUGAUCCAAUUUUCAAGAAGAUUGCACGGCUCGAAAACAUCUCGUUGGUUGAUAAAGCAGUAGCCGCUAUUUCAGAUGCCAACAUGCGCAGUUAUUUUGCCGAGAGAAUCAUUCAUUUCAGACCAUACUCCUAUCAACCAAGAGCCCAAUCGUUUUUCGAUUGGAAUGAUACUCGAGCUCGUUUAUUUUUUUGAACAACCUAUAAUUGAACAAGUUAUUAAAUUCGUCUGCUGAUUAAUGUAUGACAAAAACCUGUAUUUUCUGAAAAUUGAUUUUUCAUACUUUUUGAAUACUUCAAACUGUAUAUCUCAUCUCAUGUGGCUCAACCAUGUUUUCUGUACAUUUUUGCGUGUUCUGUAUUUGUAUUGUUUACACCUCUUUACCUUUGCAACUUAAAGACACUUAAAAAUAUCCCAACUGUACCAAUAUUUCAUAAUGGUUAUACAAUAAAUAAUUGAAGGAUUUAAA